AUGGAUGCGUCCAAUGCGAUGGAAAGUAAUUGUGAAAUGAAGAGGGAGAUCCUCAAUGAUGAAAAUUAUAAAGAUUUACCAACUGAUGAGUUCCUGCUCUCAAAUGACACCAUACAUCAUGUAGAAAUAAAUAAUUCAGGCGAGCCGAUGUCUGAUAAAGUGCCUGAUAAUGAUACAAAUUCAAUUGAUGAAGUGCCUUCGAAUCUCAGUGCCAGUGUAGUUGAUGCUGUUACAAAAUCAGAUUGUCAAGAAUAUACAGAAUGUGAAGAUGCGACAUACAUUGUACCAGAUUCUCCACAUAACAGUUUAUUCUCCAAAAUUAACACAAACUUAAACGAUGCCUCAGAAGAAGUAAACAAUAUUGACAGUGGUAUUUGUGAGGACAGUGAUUCACAUUGUGAUGUAUUAAGUACUGAAGGUGGUAAUGCUGAAGAAGUUUUACCUGACAUUUCAGAAACCUGUGAAUUGGGCUCGGUGCAACAAAGUUCUUAUCAAAAUAUUACCAGUAAAAGAAAAUUUGAUGUAGAAGGCAACAGCGAGUUAGGUGAAACUGCUUUUACUGACUCCCUUAGCACCGACAGUCCAGGUGAUUUGCUAUCUAUCAAGGAAGAAGGAGAACUUCAUUUGCAGAACGAGGAUUCUGAGUUGUCAAUCAAGGACCGUUGCAGAGAAUCAGAUGGAAUUGUUGUAAACAGUGAUUCCAUUUGUGCAGAUGAAAAGGACAAAAAUUGUGAUUUGAGGAAGGCAAAGGACUCAAAGUGUGUUGAUGAAACAGUUGUGUCUGUCAGGAAGAAUAUUGAAAGACAGGAUGCUUUAACUUGUAACCCUGCGUCUGCCAGGAAAGGUUUCAGCAGUGUCUCAGAAGUUGAAAAUCCUGUUCUAUAUCGGUGUAUUAAUUGUUCUUUUACUAAUGCACAACUUGAAAAGGUGUCAUCUCACGUUCUGACUUGUCCUAAAAAACGCAAGCAAGAACAAAUUCAAGUGUCUGAUAAAGGAGAACCCCCAUCAAAAGUUUCUUUGUUAGAACAACGUUUAGUUCUGCCAACUAAAUUUACUACUGCAUCGAAACCACAAUCUGUUAUUCUAUCUCGUUCUCAAGUUCCAAUUACAUCAAAGACCCAGCUCGUAAUUACUCCCCAGUCUCGGCUUCUACCUUCACCACAACUUCGAAUUUCUACCGCACCAAAGACCCACAUUAACACUCUGCAGCCAGCUCAGUACGUGUUAUCUUCGCCAACCCCGCAAACUGCCAUGAAUAAAACAGUAUUUGCUAUUGCACCGAAGCUUGUGUCGACUUCAAAAAGUCAAGUUAUUAUCAAUCCUCAAACUCAACGCCAUGUUUCAUCGCAGCCUCAAGUUUCAAUAAAGAAACAGAAUCUAGUAUUGAAGCCUCAAGUAAGCAUUUCUCCCCAGACUCAGUUAUCCUCUUCAUUGAAGGCAUCACCUGUUUUAACAUUACAAACUCCAUUUAUGUCAACUGCCCAACUUUCUUCUGUCUCUCAAUCCCAAAUUGCAACCUCCUCUCAGCUUCCCCUUACAAGUGGUACCAAAGUCACUCUUGGUCCCCACUCUCAAGUACCAAUCGUGCCACAGGCUCCGUUGACUCUGCCUCAACAGGGUCUGACCAUUGCUCAAGCUGGUACACAACUUCUUAUCACAACGAAGCCAGUCCAGCAGAGUGCUGGUGUUUCCAAUCAACCAACUUUGUUGGGGCUUGGCAUUGGAACAAAUCCAGCUUUGGCACCAAAUAAUAUAGUUCUGCUUCCCAAUGUUUUAUUAAAUUCAAUUGCUCCUUCUACAGGAAAAGUGAAUGGCAAACAAGCCCCUGCUGUUCAAAGACAACUGAUCCUUCAAGCAACUCCAACAACUACUACUACUAGUUCAAUUGCACCAAUACAAUUGCAAAAUAAUAAUGUAAAUAUUUCACAGUCACAUAUACUAAUGCCCCCUCUCUUUACAGUCUCUAAUAACCCAGGUUCUACUGGUGGUAUCAAAACAACAGUCUCCAAUAUUGUGCAGAAAUCUAAGUUGCCAGUAUCAUCAUCACCUAAUUCUACAUCAAGUGUCAAACCAGCACCUGCCAGUACAACAAAUACAAAACUUAUUGAACUGUCAAAUCAGGUUAAUACGUCACUUGAUAAAUUCAUCUGUGAGAUAUGUGAUGAUUCUGUAAAAGAUCUGGAAAAGUUACGCAGUCAUAUGAAGUGCCUUCAUGAAAUAAAUAUUCAUCCUAAAGUGGUUCCUUCAUUCAGCUGCCAGAAAUGUCAAUUUUCCUUUUUCACUGAGCAAGGAUUGGAAAGACAUUUGGUUGGUUCUCAUGGUCUAGUCACGGCAGGUUUGCAGGAAGCUGCAGAUAAAGGGAAAGACGGAGGUCGCUGCCCUAUUUGUGGUUGGGGAUAUCAAAAUAAAUUAUUAGAUCAUGUGGCUACAGAACAUAAAGUGUGUUUAAAACCAGCUGAUCUGACAUACAAGUGUACUAUUUGCACUGCCACAUUUGGAGUUUAUAAACGAUUUGAAGAUCACGUGUACUCUGUUCAUCGUCCACCAAUUUCAAAGCUUACUGAAGGAAAUUCUAAAAGUUCGUCCCGUGGAAUUAAAUGA